GGUUGGGGGGGGUGUGUGCAGUCAGAUCAUCUAUGCCAGGUAGGUCCAGUCUCCAGUCUCCGGUCAGUCAUUAUUAUUAGAAUCGUCCGGGGAUGUCUCGUCACGUGCAAACCGGAGACGCUGAAGCGCGAGAGCCUCUUCUUAGCCUUCGCUACGAGGACCUGAAGGAGGACUCUGAUGAAGGUGUUAUCAUUUUCGAAAGGAGCACAUCAAGCUUCAAAAGUGAUUCUGUUGGGGGUUCACAGAAGAGACUCAAAUAUGAAGAAGCAGUAGACGCAGCAGGUUUCGGUGUGUUUCACUAUGCACUGCUGGUGGUGUGUGGAUGGGCCAAUGCCAGUGACGCCGUGGAGAUUCUCUGUGUGUCUUUUCUGCUGCCAACAGCACGUUGUGAUCUGCAUCUGGACUCUUCAGACAUGGGCCUGCUGACUUCCAGCAUUUUUCUUGGAAUGAUGUUUGGCGGCUACAUGUGGGGAUACUUAGCUGACCAGAGGGGGCGCCGCAAGGUUUUGGUUCUGUCCCUGACAGUCAACGGGAUAUUUGGAGGUUUGUCCAGCAUGGCUCCAUGGUUCUCAGUCUUCCUAGUGCUGCGGUUCAUCAGCGGCAUCGGGGUUGGAGGUUCGAUCCCUGUUAUCUUCUCCUACUUCUCAGAGUUUAUGCCCAGACUGAAGAGAGGCACAAUGAUCAGCGCUCUAGCUACCUUCUGGAUGGCAGGAAACAUAUUGGCUGCAGGUCUGGCUUGGGCGGUAAUCCCAACAAACUGGACGGACUUUUUGGGAUUCAUGGACUUUCAGGGCUGGAGAUUGUUUGUGAUGCUCUGCUCCGUUCCAAGCCUCACCUCGGCCCUCUUCUUCCUGCUGCUUCUGCCCGAGAGCCCCAAGUUCCUCAUGGAGGCUGGUCGGGAGAAAGAGGCGCUCCGAGUCUUCAAACAGAUGUUUAAGCUGAACAUGCGCGGGAAAGAAAAGGAUUUUACGGUCCUUGGUUUGUGCAUCAACCCCAGGAGAGAUCCAGACGAGACAAGAACGCUGGGUAAAGGAAGACUGACCUGGGCAAUAAAAAAGGCCUUGCUGCCCAUUAAACAGAUGUUUCAGGGUUCACUCAAAGUCAGGAGCUUUGUUCUGCUCAUCGUUUUCUUCUGCAUCUCCUUCGGUUACUACGGGCUGUGGAUGUGGUUCCCCGAGCUGUUUGCGAGACUUGAAAGCGGCGGCUCCCCCUGCAGGAACAUGUCGCUUCCACGUCCAAUGCAAAACCAAAGCUGUUAUCCGGUAAAGACAGCAGUGUACAUGGAGGGCUUCAUCAUCGCUGCGUCAAACUUACCAGGAAACCUCUUCACCAUUCUGAUGAUGGAGAGCACAGGAGGAAAGGUUCUGCUCUCCUGCAGCUUGCUGGUUUCCAGUCUGAGCGUCUUCCUCAUCUAUGUGGUCCAGACCAAGUACCAGAGUCUGAUCCUGUCCUGUGUCUUCAGUGGCGUGUCAGUGGUGGCCUGGAACGCUCUGGACGUGGUGGGAACAGAGCUCUACCCCACACAUCUACGGUCCUCUGCUCUUGGCUUCUUCACCGGAGUGGGCAGGGUGGCGGCAAUCAUGGGUAACAUAGUCUUCGGAAAGCUGGUGGACACAAACUGUUCCGUGCCGAUCCUGCUGGUGUCAGCGAUGCUUCUGACCGGAGGGCUGGUGGCUCUGCUGCUCCCGAAAACCAAGCAGAUGGAUCUCACCUGAUCGCUCUGACUCCGAAUCAGAGCAAAUGAGCUGGAUAAAUUAUUAGGUCCUCUUCUAGUGUCCUCAUGGAAGCAGACUGGAGGACUGCUGCCUUCACACGGCCUGUUUCUGCUCCAAGCUGUGCCUUCUGUCAUCUCUCCGUACCUUUUUGACGGUGCCUUAUUUAGAGUUGUCAAAAGGCAGCUGACUCUCUCUCCAGCUUCAAUUUCUCACUCAGAAGCGUAACGAGAAAAGGAAAUGCAGUCGUACUAUCAUUUUUUAUAUGUUGAGCAUAUGAGGAUUGAAAACCUCGGCAUAAGCAGCAAGUCGCAGCUUCACACAUCACAGACAUCUUUGUAAAGAUCGUCAGCAAGUGCAAUUAUAAUUCUUCUGUACUUCAAGUUAGUACAGUAAACGGUGUAGAGCUGGUAAACGGUGUAGAGCCGGUGUAGAGCCUUUAUCAUUCAACAACUCUCCUGUAUCUUCUGUUUUUCUCUAUUAUUUAAACUCCAGCAGCAACUCAAGAUUAUUUUCAUAAUCAGUGUAGCUGCUGUUUCUUUUGGCAAUAAAUUGACUGUUUCAUCUUUUACAUUAAACUAUUAAGAAAAUCACAACUA